AUCCAGCCCAGUAGGAGGUCGAAUACCGAAUCGGAGUUUGGGAGGCAUUCGAGAAAUUCGUUACGUAUGAGUCGAAACUCCGCCUAUUGUCCGCACUAAACCCUUUUCAUCGACUUCCCCCGACCCAAAGCGAGCAAGCCGAGUCUAGCCUGAACUUGUCGCGACUCAAGAGCUGCCUGCCUACCUAUACUAUACUACUUACUAUACAACCAUAGUACCAUACCAUCCAGGUACAAGGCUGUACCAAUCAACUCGCUCAACAUGCAUAUCCUGGUAGUGAACGACGACGGACCUCCUUCGCGCCGCCUGUCUCCAUACAUCCAACCGCUUGUCUCCGCCCUCCAAGCAGCGGGCCACCUCGUCUCCGUCGCCAUCCCAGCCGCUUCCCGCUCCUGGAUCGGCAAGGCACAUCUGAUCGAAGCCUCGCUGAAAGCCACCUACGUCCCACCGCAAGCCUUCCACAACGACGGCACCUGGAACGAGACCUACACUCACACCGCGGCCAAUGCCAACGACUCCUCCUCCAAUGGCACAACCACCACCACCACCACCACCACCACCACCACCACCAGCAACGGCAACCCCAAUGACGAAUGGGUCGUAAUCACCAACGGCACGCCCGCCAGCUGCGUGCAACUCGGCCUCUUCAACCUCUUCCCCGACCGGCCCCCGAUUGACCUGGUCAUCUCCGGCCCGAACCACGGCCGCAACGCCUCGACGAUCUACAACCUCUCGUCCGGCACCGUGGGCGGCGCCCUCGAGGCCGCCACCUGCGGCAAGCGCGGCAUCGCCAUCUCCUUCGGCAGCAAGGAGGAGCAACCGGCCGCGAUCAUCGCCGCCGCCGCCCGCCUGGCCGUGCGCGUCGUCAACCACCUGCUCGCGCACUGGGACGAGCGCGUCGAACUCUACAACAUCAACGUCCCCAUGCGCGAGGACGUCGAGGCCCGGCCCGUGCUGUGGACGCGCACGCUCCCCUACUACUGGGCCAAGGGGUACCUCUACGCUGAGGCGGACAACACUUCACAACAACAACAAGUCAACGGAGUCGCUUCGGCGCAGCAGCAUGACCACAACCCCGCGACGACUCUCAAGCAAAGGGAUUUCAAAUGGGGCGCGCAGCUGUUGGAUAUGAAGAAGGCGCUGCAGGCCAGUGAGGAGGGGACGGAUGCGCAUACCGUGCUGAAUGGGUGUACCAGUGUCACCGCCCUUCGCGCGAACUUCUGGCAUGUUCCUGGAUUGGAGGGAACGUUAGAGUUGGAUUGAUUCGAUCGAUAUGCAUAAUUGGAUCGGGUGGGAAGGGGAAAGGAGUGAUGGAACAACAACAAAACGACAACCUUUCAUGCAUGGACGGGAUCGGAUUAUUAUCACGUCCGCUUUGCUUUUGCAACAAUUAGAUACCCGCAACGGUUCUUUGGCUUUUUUUUACGUCUAGUUCUACGCCGCGUCAUGCUCGACUCGAUCUUGGAAAGGAAUUUCUUGAAUACAUUUGAUGGCUCUGAUUAUCUGUUUGAACAGAUAGACUCGGGAAGGAAGAAGAGAUUUCUGUCUGAAUAUCA